UUAUAGAAAGGUUUUACCAUCCCUCAAAUAAUGGAGUCGGAAGCAGAGCUUGGCGAUAGCUAUUUGGGGACGGAAAUUGGUAUUCGUCGAAGAUCGACAUCUAUUUCAGAUGAUUAUUCAGUACAGAAAACAAACGAUGAUGCUACUGAAUGCAAAUACAUAGCAUCUAAACUAAAUUAUUUCAAAGAUGCUUAUAUCCAUCGAUUCAUAUUGGGCGGUGAAUGUAAUCUUCGUCGUGAUCCUGAAAUUUCACGUGGUUAUUGGGCUAGGAUCUCUGCAGUUAAGGCCGUUGUGGAUGCAUUCUUGAAGGAGUUUCCGGAAAAGCGUCAAAUUAUCAAUCUUGGUGCAGGAUUUGAUACUUUAUAUUGGCGACUGAAAGAGGAAGGAAAACAGCUCCAUCGGUAUGUUGAAGUGGAUUUUAGUUCUGUCACGACGAAGAAGAUUCGACAAAUGCGAAGACCUGGCUCACCUAAUCUUCUUUCUAUGUUUUUGGAAAAGCCAAAAGAAUUGGAACAUUCAGACCUGCAUGCAGGUGACUACCAUUUGGUUGGUGCGGAUUUGAGACAAUUAAAUGAAUUCAAGGAAAAGCUUGACAGUUGUGACUUGAAUUACAAAACGCCGACAUUGUUUAUCGCAGAAUGCGUCCUGGUAUACAUGGGAAUAAACCAAAGUGACGAACUUUUGUCAGCAUGUGUCAGAUGGUUUGAGAAUGCUUUUUUCUUGAAUUACGAGCAGGUCUGUUUUCCUCCUCAAGAUUUGGAUCUUUACCAUCCUUCGACAGUGCAUAUUCAUGAUUACUGUUGAACAGUGGUCGAAUUUUACGUUUUUUAGAGAUUUUUCAGGAAAAAAAAUGGAGCAUCUCAAAUUUUUAAUCUUUCACUUUAAAUUCAGGUGAAUAUAAAUGACACAUUUGGCAAAAUUAUGGUAUCAAACCUUCAUGGACGUGGUAUAAUUUUGCCAGGUCUUGCCGCUUGUGAAAAUUUAAAUGCCCAGAAAAAACGCUUUAUUGACAGUGGUUGGAAGAACGUUGUUGUCAAGACAAUGUGGGAAAUUUAUGGGAAGGAAAUCCCAGAUAUGCAAGUGAAAAGGAUUGAGAAGUUGGAAUUGCUGGAUGAGAAGAUCUUACUUUCGCAGCUACUUGAACACUACUGCUUUGUUAUUGCUUCAAAAAAUGCUCAUACUCUUGACUUCGAAUGGACAAAAUGAUAUGUUUCCAAAAAUCUUUUUAAAAUAAAGGGAAAGAAAGAUUAUAAAGGCAUAAAGUCAUAACUGGGAACUAAGAUCAACGAACAAUUGCCUAGCGGGACUUCAAAAUCUGUUAAUUUAUUAAUUCCAAAUUUGUUCUAAGUUUGUGUAUGUCUUUUUUGGUUUCAUUUUUAUUCGCGCGUAAGUAUUAUGGUUUCCGAUUUUUUAAAAAAAUGAUUGACAGUUUCGGAAAUGAUUUCCGAAUAGUUUUAUGUAAAAAUUUUCGUCUGUAUAGCUUAUUAUAUAAGCUACGCUUUGGCUCAAGUUUGCAUACUAAAAAAAUGUGUCUUUUUCUAAUAUUUUUCAAAUAUCGUGAACAAUUUACUGUCUCUAUCGGACUUGGUUCUAAAUUUUUUGGAAAUCAUGCAAAAUUGUCCAUCUCCAGGGGGCAAAACCAUUCGUACGUGAACCAUAUUUUCGUGUUGGAAGAUUUUUCAUGCAAAUUUUCCUGGUGUUUCCAAUGCACGAAAUAAUAUUUUAAUUGCAGUUGAUAUGUCAUCUAAA